AUGCCGGCGGUAGCGCUGCUCUGCGCGCUCUGCUGCGGCCUCCUGGCUGGGUCUGCGCGCGCCGGCUACUCUGAGGACCGCUGCAGCUGGAGGGGCAGCGGCCUGACCCAGGAGCCCGGCAGCGUGGGGCAGUUGACCCUAGCCUGCGCGGAGGGCGCAAUCGAGUGGCUAUACCCGGCGGGGGCGCUGCGCCUGACACUGGGCCGCCCUGACUUCGGAGCUCAGCCCAGCAUUGCCUGUCUGCGGCCAGCGCGGCCCUUUGCUGGUGCCCAAGUCUUUGCGGAGCGAAUGGGCGGUACUCUGGAGUUGCUUCUGGCUGAGGGCCCAGGACUGGCCGGGGGGCGCUGCGUGCGCUGGGUUCCCCGCGAGCGCAGGGCCCUCUUCCUGCAGGCCACACCACACCGCGAUAUCAGCAGGCGCGUGGCUGCCUUCCGCUUUGAGCUGCGAGAGGACUUACAUCCAGAGCUCCCUCCCCAGGCCCAUGGCUUCAGCGUGGAUGGUGCUUGCAGGCCUUGCAGUGACACUGAGCUCCUCCUGGCUGCAUGCACCAGUGACUUUGUGAUCCAUGGGUCCAUCCAUGGGGUUGCUCAUGACACAGAGCUGCAGGAGUCGAUCAUCACCGUGGUGGCCACCCGUGUCCUCCGCCAGACAAUACCACUGUUCCCGGAGGGGAGCUUGGAGGGCCAUGGCAAGGCCUCUGUUCGUACCCUGCUGCGCUGUGGUGUUCAUCCUGGCCCGGGCUCUUUCCUCUUUAUGGGGUGGAGUCGCUUUGGUGAAGCCUGGCUGGGCUGUGCUCCCCGUUUCCAGGAGUUCGGUCGUGUCUAUACAGCUGCCCAAACUGCCCACCGCAAUCCGUGUGAGGUCGUACUAGACUGAGGGCUGCAGGAGCAAGCCCCAGGUGAAUCCCCCUGGGGUCAGGUGCUGGGGAAGGGCGGUGGGAAGGGAGUGGUCCAGAUGGCAUCUUAGUGUCCACUGCUAAGAUGAUAGGAUACUCAAUAAGAACAUGGGUCACACCAGU